AUGUCUGGAAGAGAUGCAACCAUCGCGAAGCCCUCUGCGGCGUGCUGUCUCAAGGGCAACAUCCAUGAGGGGCAAGCAAAAGGAACGACUACAACCAUCGCUGGCGUGGAGACGUACAUCGCAAAGCCAGCCGAAGGAGCGGCGAAUGGCAAUGUCGUGUUGUACUUUCCCGAUGUCUUUGGACUCUUCAACAACGCUCUCUUGAUUAUGGACGCGUUCGCCGAGGCCGGUUAUCUUGCCCUCGGGCUGGACUACUUCCAUGGCGAUGCGAUAUGGAAGCAUCGAAAGAGCAAAGACGACACAACCACCGAUCCAGAUUUCGACUUCGAGGUGUGGAAAAACAAGCACCUCCCCGUCUCCAACGAAGACGUCCCCAGAUGGGUUGCGGAGGUCAAGAAGCAGUACGGCAAGGACGGUGCGAAGUUUGCCUGCGUUGGCUACUGUUGGGGUGCCCCUUUUGUUUCUUCGCAGCUUGCGAAGGACGGAGUGUGUGCGGCCGGCGCGUUUGCCCAUCCGGCGUUUCUGAAGGAGUCGCACUUCUACAACCUGACGAGCCCAUUGUUCCUCUCAUGCUCGGAGAUUGACUCUACUUUCCCCAACGAGUUUCGUAAUCGGGCCGUGGACAUCAUGCAAGAAGAGAAGAAGCGGUUCCAAGUUCAACUCUUCCAGGGCGUGGAGCACGGGUUCGCCUUGCGUUGCGAUCUGAACGAUCCUUGGCAGAAAUACACCAAGGAGCAGAGCUUGAUCGGCAUUAUUGGCUUCUUCGACUUCUGGCUGUCGCAGAAGUAG